AUGGAUUGUAACCGAAUCACUUCCCAUCGUCCUGAGGACAAGCCAGGGGACAAAGACCACAUCGAGUUUGCCCCCCAGGGCUCUGAACAUGGCGUCGGCCAAGUCAUGGUUGUAGAUCUCGAGAAAGAAAGGACAGCUCAGGGCGAUGCUUACUUCCAUCGUCUUGGCUGGAAACGCCUCACGGUUGUUCUCAUGGUCACCUCUAUCGCCCUUGGUAGCCUCAGUCUUCCAGGCGCGUUCGCAACGCUGGGUAUGGUUGCGGGUGUCAUCGUCACCAUCGGCUUUGGUUUCAUCGCUAUCUACGCCAGCUACAUCAUCGGCCUCGUCAAGCUCAAAUUCCCAGAAAUUCAUCAUUACGCUGACGUUGGAAGACUUCUCUUAGGCAGCUUUGGUGAUAAGCUAUUUAGUGUCAUCUUCGUCGGCUUACUUAUUCUAGUAGUUGGGUCGCAUUGCUUUACGGGCACUAUUGCACUCGUCACCUUGACUGAGAGCAACGUAUGCUCCUUGGUCUUUGGAGUUGUCUCUGCUAUAAUCUUGUUGAUUCUAGCCAUUCCACCUUCUUUCUGCGAAGUUGCAAUCCUGGGCUACAUCGACUUUGCCUCAAUCAUCCUCGCGAUUGGCAUCACGGUUAUUGCCACGGGCAUCAAGUCAUCGUCAAAUGAGAUCACGAAUCCCUGGUCCGCAUGGCCCAAGGACGACCUCACCCUCGCUGAAGCGUUCGUCGCCAUUUCAGGUAUUGUUUUUGCAUAUGCAUUUGCUGCAGCACAGUUCUCGUUUAUGGACGAGAUGCACACGCCGGCGGAUUUCACCAAGUCUAUUACUUUCUUUGGAAUCAUUCAAUGCACCAUCUACACGCUCACUGGGGCUCUCAUUUACGCCUUCGUGGGACAAGACGUCCAGUCCCCGGCGUUGCUUUCAGCCGGCCCCAUGGUCGCCAAGAUAGCCUUUGGUAUCGCGCUUCCAGUCAUAUACAUCUCCGGCUCUAUCAAUACGACUGUUGCUUGCCGAUUCAUGCAUGGAAGAAUGUAUCAAGAUUCGAUCACGCGGUACAUCAACACCCGUAAGGGCUGGGCAACUUGGAUCAUCGUUGUCUCUUUUGUAACCUUCUUCUCAUGGAUCAUCGCCGAGGCUAUUCCCUUUUUUUCCGAGUUAUUGUCCCUUACCGGCUGCCUCUUUGUUGCAGGACUCUCGUUCUAUAUCCCUCCUAUCAUGUGGUUUUGCCUGCUUAAAGAAGGAAAGUGGUACGAAAGGCACAACCUCCGACCGGCCAUUGCGAAUUUGAUUGUAUUCAUCAUCGGCUUUACAGUUUUUGGUAUUGGUACCUAUGCCAGUGUUGUGGAAAUUAUGAAGAAGUUCGAAUCAGGUUCAAUCAGCCGACCAUUUUCGUGCAGUGUCGGUCAUUGA